UUGUUUUUAUCAUAAGGGGUGUAAAAUUUUAUACUACCUAAAAAUAUUUUACUGUCUAACGGAAUACUAACCUAUUAUUUCGACAUGUAAAAAAUGACAUUAAGUUAAUAUCUCAUAUGUCAUGCUAGUCAUUUCAUACGUAAUGCUAAUUGGCUAUAAUUCAAAUAGAGAAUAUUUGAUCGCAAAAAUCUUUUUACCGACAGUCGUCCAAUCAGUAUAAACUUCUCAUAUAAUACAUAAAAUCUUAGCUUAAAGUUCAUUGCUCAUAAAAACGUGGUAUUAUUCAGUAUGGCCGCCAUAGUCCCGAAUGUCGUCGAUCAGUUGGACUGUCGACAGUGGGGUCAAGGUAUUUAAUCAAGGCUGUGAUUGCUCACUGCUGACAGCGCCCGAUAAUUAAUCGCGAUUCAGCACUAUUAAAUUCGCAGUAUCGAAAUUCGUGCUGCAUUCUUCUGGAGUAUCAGACGAUUCUUUCCGUUAGACAAAAACAAUUUCCUCGCGCAACACAAAAUCUUGUAGACAGGAAUCCCCGUAGUUUUUUUCUUCCUUUACUAUAGAUAUCUACCAGGGGAACACAAGUGUCCUCUUUGUUCUCAACGGUCUUUCGCGUAACUAACCUCAAGUCCUAAGGAGCGAGUCGUGACACGUCGCUAGUGACGUUGUUGUGAUCGCUUUGUCUUAUAAUUUAUAACUGCCUUGCGGAUAAGUUUAAGUGAUGGCAAGCGAUCUGUCGAGUGGCUGCACAGAGACGAUCGACAUCCUCGACGAUGAGAAGGAGGAGGGUGAGAUCUCAUUGGAAGAUGUCAGUUCUUCGGAGGAAGGUGCAAUCGGUCAUUUGACCAGCAGCUAUUCCAUCAGCAGGACACGACCAUGUCCUGAUUGCAAGUCAUGGGGUGAAUGUUUAUCCUGGUGCAUCACGAUGUAUCACUCCAAGAGCAGGAGAGAUCCAGUCAAAGGAAAGGAAAACCGUCUCUAUGUCAAAGAAGCGGAAUGCAUAACGACAAAGCAUGCGGCGCCAACUUUACAACAGAAGAACGAUGACCUAGUGCCUAUUUCGAGUGACAGCGAUAUGGAGAUUGUUGGUCUCACGGAUACGUCCAAUCGGUCAAAAGAAGGAGUAAAAAAGAAAAAGAGAAAGAAAAUGAAAUGCAAAUCCUCUUUUACCAUUGAUGACUUAAUCAGUCCAUCCUCUGGUGGCUUGCCUGUGGCAGAGUUUGGUCCUCUGAAAUUGCAUUAUAAAGAACGAAGUUCGGUUCGCAGAAGAUCGAGAGCAGAUCGAGAGCAGGCUGACAGCAGAUCGAAAGUAAUUUCAAGAUCACCGGUUCGAAGACACAAGUCUCCCAUGAGAAGCCGUUCGCCAAUUCAAUUAUCUCGAUCUCCAUACAGUCGACGUUCCAGAUCGCCGAUACACAGGAGAUCUCCGCAAAGGAUUAGAUCGCCGAAACGGAACUCGCCGUAUCGGAACUCACCUUUGAAAACAGCGAGAAGAUCGUCAAAGCAGGACUCAACGCCAUCUGCUCGCUCUCACACCGAUAAACGCAGUGAUGUCACACGGUUACUGAAAAAAGUAAAAUUGGAAUUGAAUGUAAAUCGGAGCAAGGAGCAUCAAUCUUCACUGAAAGAAAAACUGUCGAAUAUGCUGAACAAAGCUUCCAAAAGCAAUAAAAACGCGACGCAUUCUAAAGAGAAAUCGAAAGUUCACUCUGUGACUAUCGAUCUCGACGCCGACGAUGACGAAGAUUUGGCGUUGUUGCGACAAAAGGCGUUGGAGACGAAGCAAAAGAAAUUCAGCAAGUUGUCGGAUUAUCCAGCGGACGCGGAAUUGGAGAAGCCAGACGCAAAGGACGACGAUCAGGACGAAGAGGCGUUGAAUCUGCGCAUGAUAGCGCUUCAGUCGGCGUUUGUGAAGAAGCAUCAGAACAGAGUUCAACGUGGUAUGAAAGCAAACAAGAAAGUCUCUCGUAGCGAAAGCCCAUUCAGCCAGAGUUUCCUUGACGACAUACCGGUGCCCAGCGACGAGCUGUUGAAGUUUGCAUCGCCGCCGUGCACGCCGCCACACGACAGCAACCAUGCCGAGGACAUGGAUCUGGACACGGAUGUUGAGCGUGAAAAGGAGAAGCUGCCGUAUUCGCCAACCGACAAGAUUACGUCGAACGUGCCUAUCGACACGGAGCUGCUUGGCAUCGAGCCGUCCGACGUAUCGUUUAUCAGUGUAAACGAAACGAACAAUACAGUUUUCGAUGACAUCAAGCAGACUGAUCCGAUGUCACUGCCUAUUGCUGCGUCGUAUUACGAUAACUUGCAUCAAUACGGCGAACUAUCGCAGUUCUACGCAUAUCCGUCGUCGCAACACAGCAGCGAAACCUUCCUUUCAGAACUGAACAAUGAAUCGACGGAACUGGUCAGCCACAUCUCCAGAGACACUCACAACAACAUUGUAUGCGACUUGAUAGACGGCAUUUGUUGCCAGGAAGGCAGCUAUUCCUCGAAGGGUGUCAUACACAUGCCUGACGCGUCACACGCUCUUCCAGUAAUCAAGGAUCAUAAUCUUGCUGUUGCUUCCAUUUCUCCGAGCAGUAUUUAUGCUUCUCCGAAAGUGCAGCAGAUGGAGCAAUCUGUCGGCCCGUUAUUUAUGAAUGCGGGUUCAGCAUAUACGGAUGAUAGAUGUGCUUAUGACACGCAGACCGUUCACAGGUAUGUUACAGAUUCUCCAGCAACGUUUACCGCGGGAUACAGUGAGCCGAUGUCGCUGAAUGAACCGAUGAUACCAGUCGGUGUUCUUCCCGACAUAGAAACAAGCCAAUUUGGUUCUCCCGUUGAAGAAGCGGCACCCUGCCAAGCCGCUGAAGGAGGAACAUUGAAAGAACCUCUAUAUAUGCAAGGCGUGCCGGAUGUUACCAAAGAUGUAAAUAAAAUACCUACGUUAAUCAAUAGGACGCUUGUUCCCGUGCCGCUUUUGAAGUCGAACAAACAGCUCCAGCAAUUGUUGCCGGCGAUGAAGAAGCGUGAGACGCAUCCGGAACCGACUUUCAAAAGCGCAGAGAUGCAACCGGUGGUCGUCACAGCGAACGCGACUGUCAUGAGCGGCAGCAACUUUAAACCCAUAAAAUUGCAGCCUGCCAAAAAACCGCCGCCUGUGUUAACGACAUCCGUCCCAUUCGAUAACUCUAUGAAUGAAAGUGAAGAGAAUGACGCAUUGGAGGACAAAACAAGUUCUGCAUUGCCCACUAACAGUCAAGAAACAACUGAACUUGGGCAUUCUGUCAUCGACACGGCGCCUACGCCGGUUGCGAGCAGUGACGUUGCUUUAUCGCGCAAAAAGCGGAAACGCGUUAGGAAGAAAUGCAAGAGCCUUGAUCCCGCACAAUUAUUCGCGGAGUUUGUGCGAAGUUGUACAAAUGAUGUAAAUAGGGAUGUAAAUAUUAGGCAUGCGUCUAGUUUAGAACGGGAAAUCGUCAAAGCGGAUCAAAGUAAAAGUGACGAAAUGCAAGAAGAUUUUGCUGAGAAUGGAGAGUCGUUGAGUUUGCAAAAUGUCACUCAAGAGCCAUUGUCGCUUAAUUUUAAUAUUGUAGAAAACAGAGACGUAGAAAAAAAUGAUGUAAAAAGCGAGGAAGAACCAAAACAGGCAACGUCCAUCGAGGAUUCCGAAGAAAAAAAUACGCAAUCUCAUACGUUAACAAGUCCAGCGUCUAAUAAUCUCGAUUCUGGCGCACUUAAUGUUGACGAUAUAACGAAAGACGUUGACAGGAGACAAAGCGUUGAAGAAGACGAGGACGAGCUGCGAGCCAUCUUGCUGGCUUCUUUGAAGCGAACAAAGUCAGACAUUAUUUGCGGUACUUCAGCAGUACCAGUUGCUACAAGCUGCACUCCAACGAAUAUACAGGCGUCUGCACAGCAAAAAAUGUCAACAAAUGUUACAGUAACUGUCGACGCAACGUGUACAGGGAGCAAUAACGUUCCAUUAUCAUUAAAGUUGAGUUCAUCCGAAACAGCCGCGAAGAAAGUUAAUAGCACAUCUGUCCCAUCGCUCACUGGCAAUAGAAAAAGGAACAGCAAUACAGCUGCAGUGAAGGCUCCGUUGAAAAAAUUGCCAAAGAAAGCGCCUAUUCCGGCAAGCACGAAAGCAGUGAACAACGCCAAGAAAUAUCAAAACAUGAUGCAGAGAAAGUUGAAUCUGCUGAAGCUCAACAAUGCAAAGUCCAAUGAGAACGCGUGGUCUAAUGUUAACGCGCCGAAAACGACAUUGCACGCAUCAGACACUCAACGUUUUGUUAUAAGCUUGGGAUCUGAUACGGACAGCGAUUCCGAAGGCGAGAAACGUAAAGCUACUUCCGGAGUCACGGAGAAGCAACAAGCGCAGGAUGCUGUCGGUGUCGACUUCGAGAAGAGCUUGCAGAAGUUCUUGCGCGACAUGAGAAAAGAGCAGGAACAAUCUGCAACCGUAGUCAAGCCUGUUUUGUCUCCGCAAGGAUCGAAACUGACAACACAAACGAACAAGAAUUCAUCUAACAUGCACACGCCAUUGGCUGUGAGGCAUCUCCCUGCGUCGCAGCAAGAGGAAUAUCGUCGCUUAAAGCAACAAAUCUUAGAACGUGAAAAGUUGAAACUGCAGAAGAAAGGAGCAGAUAACAAUAAUAGUAACAUUAAUAAUAAUAGUAGUAAAUUAUUAAAUACUAACGUGGUCAGUUCGCCAUUGAAAUCUCCAUGCGAGAAUAAAAAUGUCAUACAAAAUCAAGCUCAGUUGAAAGAGUCGGAGAAAGAUUCUCAGCAAUCAACAGAGAUUCGAAAGAAAAAUGUGGUGUCGAAAAAUACUCCAGCGUUGAACGUAUCUCGCACGUCUGCUGGCAAAAGUCUUUCAGCGAAUACCGUUAAGCAUAUAAAUACUGCGCAUUUGCCAGCUAAAGGAAUUAAGAAGACAAUACCGAACAAUCUCAGUAUCCGGAUCACGAAUGAGGUUGUGCCGAGUCAUACUGCGGGAAGGAAAAUUGUUGAAAAUUCGGGCGAGAAGCAAUCUGUGAGCGAUAAGCAGCAGCAUAGACCUGCUUUAAGAGCGUUAACCAAAGACGAGAUAAAUCGUAAGUACGUCCAAGUUCAAUUGAAGUCGGAUACGAUCGGGCGGGUCGUUACAAUAAACGACAAGUCAGCUUUGCGACACAAUACGGCGAGCUCCAGUCAAAGUGAUAAGUCUGUCGAAAGUAAUAUUACUAGUGUAGAAAUUCUAGAAAAAAAUAAAAACAAUGAGAAUAAUAACAACGACAGCGCAUUUUCCAACGCAUCCACUGUACUGCUCUCAAAUCUGUCUACGAGUAAGCAAGAAAUUGACGACGCGCUGGAAACCACGAUGUCGCGUUCGCAAUACGAAGUGGAAUGUCGACGAGAAAUUACAAAUAAUAUUUCAGUGUCGUCAGCUUUGCCAAAUAAUAAUAACAAUGAUUCUCGUCAAUCCGACGCAAAUGCAGAUGAUAAAAGUAAUACAGAUGACGUUUGGGAGGCGCUUAAAAAAGAUGUAAAAGCGGAAUUGGGUAACUUGAUGAACCUUUCACCAGCGGACCAAGAGCAGUAUUUAAAGGGCACUGAGCACAAAUUAGUCGCGAGACGCUAUAACGUUUUGGAUCACUUAGCGGAAAUGUCAGGGAAUCUUCGUCAAUGGGACAUGGAGCGGGAUCUGCAGAACUGCCUAGCCACUGAAGUGAAGAAAUUGAAGGAACAACUCAAGGUGGCCGAGGAAAGAUUACAAAUGCAGCGCGAUCGCGUUAACGGCAUGGGCCCGAAAGUUUCGACUGCGCGGGAAAAGAUUAACGCUGGACGGCACGAGUGCUUCAAGUUAUCAAGAAUUUGUUCCAUACUGGGUAACCAGCUCUUGGGGAAAAAUUACAAGUUGCCGGAGGCAGGCGGUCAGCUUUUGAGCGAGAAGCUGAAGGAAGUUGCCAAUCAUACUCGCCAGUUCACUAAGAAAAAACGGAUCCAGUUUAGCGACAUCUCUGAAAGUUCCAGUUCCUGUUCUAGCUCAUCGCAACAACCAUCAUCGUGCUUGGAAUCAACGAGAGUCACGAGCGCCGAGGAGGAUUUGUCGUUGCAAGAACAGCCAACGUGUGAUAAAACUAUAAUUGAUGUGGCGGGAUCAAAGAGCCAUAUUUUCCGCUCGGAAGAGUCUAAUGAUAGUGAGAGUUUAUCAAUGUCGGAACUUUUGUUAGAUCCCCCGCAAACAUUUCCAAGUCAUACAACACCAGUAAAGAGAAAAGAAAAAUCCACUAAUGCGUCCACUAAUGCGUCCACUAAUGCAUCACUACACAGCAGUGAUGAACAAAGUACACCUAGUCAAGAGUCACUGCAUUCUGUACCAAAGCUAAGUAGUACUCCUAUCCAAGAAAAUAAUGAAGUACGUAGGCAAAAAAAUUCUAGCAAGGAUAUUUCUGAUCCCGCCACAUCUGCAGAGCUAGGAUCGUCGGAUUCUUCAUGUCAAGUUGAACAAAAUAACAAGAGAACUUCGCCGCUACCACCGUCAUUGACAACGACAACGAUGACGAAGAUAACGGCGACGAAGACGACGACGACGGCAACAGCAACGGCAACGGCAACGACGAUAACGACGACAACGACGACAAUUACACCUUAUGUAUCGAUAUUGACGCAUUUAAAAAUACCAAGGAACACGAAUCCUCAUGGAAUCCUGUGUCCAUAUGAAAUAAUGGGCAUUUGCAGGGAUGAAGAUUGCCAAUAUAUUCAUCAGUCGAGGAAUCAAACCUGAAAUAUGUUACUACAUACGUAAGGUGGUUUUAAUUUCUACAACGUCAAAUGCAUCCAUGGAUCGCACAUUUAAGUUAAUAACGCGUUAAUCGAUUCAAAGAUAUUGUAAAUUCGCGUACAGUUGUUUUAAUCCCUAAAAUCUAAUCGUAUAGGAUAUGUCGCAUGCAUUUAAUGCAUUUAAUGCAAUAAUAAUUGAAGAUGAAAGAUACUUCAUGCAUAACGCUAAAAGAAGAUAAAUUGUUGAGUUUUUACAUUAAGCAAGAGAGUGCUUUAACUUGAAUUCCUCUUUUCUUUGAUUGUGUACUACUAACACACAUAAUAAAGAAUAGUUUUAGUUGUCUCCUUCAAACAAAUGUCUUUGCUUUCGCAUUUAUAGGUAACAUCGAUUACCAUCCAGGAAGUAGAGAUAUAUCAAUAGAGACGGGAUCGUGUGUUACGUAAGCGGAGUCAACACCCGAAGAUUGGUAAGUUGUCUUCACCCAGGCAGACUCUAGUGCACAAUCCUGAAAUUAGCUUUAUUUUGUAAAAAUCUUACAUUUUAUGUAAGACUUUUUUUAAUCACGCUACCACAACACGAGCUUUCGAACAACGCCCAUAUUUUAUCAAAAGUUUAAAGAAAAUGUCUACGAGUGUAUAUUUUUUAUGAUUAUAAAAAAAAGUGUCAUGAACUGCAAGUAAAUAACGUGGUAAGGAUAGAAGAAGAGUUUGUUGACCACACUGUAAGAAGAACUGAGACUUGAAAGAAGACAGCAAUGUUGGAUCAUCAUAGGACACUUACAUCGGUUACUCUUUCUUCGAUAUAAGUUACCUCAUAAUGAUAAAUCUUGUACCUGUAUAAUAAAAGUUGGAUAUUUUUUUCUUA